AUCCCUCCUACCCUGCUCGGGCGGGAUAUAUAAACCUAGUGGACGCUGCGUGUCCACCGCAGGGUCCGGAGACGCAAUGGUCACCCGGGAUCGGGCUGAGAAUAGGGACGGCCCCAAGAUGCUGAAGCCGUUGGUGGAGAAGCGGCGCCGGGACCGCAUCAACCGCAGCCUGGAAGAGCUGCGGCUGCUACUGCUGGAGAGGACCAGGGACCAGAACCUCCGGAACCCGAAGCUGGAGAAAGCAGAGAUCCUGGAGUUCGCCGUGGGCUACCUGCGGGAGCGAAGCCGGGUGGAGCCCCCGGGGGCGGCCCGGUCCCCAGGCCAGGACGCCGAGGCGCUCGCCAGCUGCUACUUGUCCGGCUUCCGCGAGUGCCUGCUUCGCUUGGCGGCCUUCGCGCACGACGCCAGCCCCGCCGCCCGCUCCCAGCUUUUCUCCGCGCUGCACGGCUACCGGCGCCCCAAACCGCCCCGGCCAGAGGCCGUAGAUCCAGGGCUCCCAGCGCCGCGCCCACCGCUGGACCCUGCUUCACCCGUCCUCGGCCCCGCGCUGCACCAGCGCCCCCCCAGCCCCCGCUGCGCUUGGUCCCCAUCCCGCUGCUCCCCCCGCGCCGGGGACCCCGGCGCGCCGGCGCCCCUCACCGGACUGCUGCCACCGCCGCCGCCGCCUUACAGACGAGACGGGGCGCCCAAGGCCCCGCCACUCCCACCGCCCGCGUUUUGGAGACCUUGGCCCUGAGCUUUGGGGGGCUGGGGCGGGGGUUGGGGGUGGGGUAGAGACUCCAGCCAGAGGGCAGGAGAGGGAUCCGGGCGUCGGGGCGAGGAGGGCAGCGGGGCGCGCGGGCUCAGCGCGCGGGUGAGAUGUGGUUUAUAUUAGAGUAUCUAUAUAAAUAUAUAUUUUCCUAUCCCUUCCUUUUCCCUGCCCCACUACCCUGUGAGUAGGAUUGUACCCUGUCUACCCCAGCCCAGUCCCGCUCCCUUCCCGAGUCCCUAGUGCAUGGAAUAAAAUGGUUAUUAAAUC